CACAGCUGUAGCGACCACGCAGUGUGUGACAACACUGUGGGUUCCUAUAAAUGUAGUUGUUUGGAUGGAUUUGUGGGAGAAGGACGGUCUUGUUACGACAUUAAUGAAUGCAAAACUAAUGCUCACAACUGUAGUUUUCAUGCAUCAUGCAAUAACACUGUCGGCUCCUACAUAUGCAGUUGUCUGGUAGGAUUCCAAGGUGAUGGACAGUCUUGUCACGAUAUCGACGAAUGCAAGACUAACGCACACGAUUGCAGUGUUCAUGCAUCCUGUAAUAACACUGUUGGCUCCUACAUGUGCAGUUGUCUGGAAGGAUUCCAAGGCGAUGGACGGUCUUGUCAUAAUAUCGACGAAUGCAAGACCAACACACACACUUGUAGUGUUUAUGCAUCCUGCAAUAACACUGUCAGCUCUUACAUGUGCAAGUGUCUGGAAGGAUUCCAAGGCGAUGGACGGUCUUGUCAUGAUAUCGACGAAUGCAAGAAUAACACACAUACAUGCAGUGUUCAUGCAUCUUGCAAUAACACUGUCGGCUCCUACAUGUGCAGUUGUCUGGAAGGAUUCCAAGGCGAUGGACGGUCUUGUCUUGACAUUGACGAGUGCAAGACUAACAUACACACCUGCAGUAUUCAGGCAUCCUGCAAUAACACUGUCGGCUCCUACAUGUGCAGUUGUCUGGAAGGAUUUCAAGGCGAUGGACGGUCUUGUCAUGAUAUCGACGAAUGCAAGACUAACACACACGAUUGCAGCGUUCAUGCAUCCUGCAAUAACACUGUUGGCUCCUACAUGUGCAGUUGUCUGGAGGGAUUCCAAGGCGAUGGACGGUCUUGUCAUGAUAUCGACGAAUGCACGACUAACACACACACUUGUAGUGUUUAUGCAUCCUGCAAUAACACCGUCAGCUCUUACAUGUGCAGUUGUCUGGAAGGAUUCCAAGGCGAUGGACGGUCUUGUCAUGAUAUCGACGAAUGCAAGAAUAACACACACACAUGCAGUGUUCAUGCAUCCUGCAAUAACACUGUCGGCUCCUACACGUGCAGUUGUCUGGUAGGAUUCCAAGGCAAUGGACGGUCUUGCAAUGACAUUGACGAGUGCAAGACUUACAAGCACACUUGUAGUGUUUAUGCAUCCUGCAAUAACACCGUCGGUUCCUACAUGUGCAGUUGCCUCGAAGGAUUCCAAGGCGAUGGACGGUCUUGUCUUGACAUCGACGAAUGCAAGAAUUACACAUACGAUUGCAGUGUUUAUGCAUCCUGCAAUAACACUGUCGGCUCUUACAUUUGUAAGUGUCACAAAGGAUUUCUGGGGGAUGGACGGUCCUGUGAUGAUAUUGAUGAAUGCCAUACCAAUAAACACAAUUGUAGUGAUCAUGCAUUUUGCAAUAACAUUAUUGGCUCUUACGAGUGCACUUGUCGACAAGGAUUCGUAGGGGACGGACUGUCAUGUCAUGACAUUGAUGAAUGUGGCGAUGGAACUCACAAGUGUGAUAGGAAUGCAAAAUGCAAAAACAUUAUGGGCUCUCAUGAAUGCGUGUGUCGUUCUGGGUUUUCCGGCGAUGGUUAUGUGUGUCAAGAUGUUGAUGAGUGCAGCGACGGAAGUCAUCUUUGCAGCCUUCACUCCAGGUGUGUAAACAUCCCAGGAUCGCACAGCUGUAUAUGUAAGGACGGGUAUCGCGGAAAUGGACAGUCAUGCAACGGUGAGCAUAAAAUUAGCAGUUGAAGCGCUAUAAAUAAGUAGCCUAUGGCCCUCACUAUUAUGAAUCUUUUCAUAAUCUUGUGGUGGGAGCUUGAUAUUUCUAGGGUUGCUGUUCGUUUACUAUUCUAUCGUUGGAUGAGAGGGAUAAUUAACAUAUUUAAUUCCUUCGUAGAUAUCAACGAGUGCGAGGAAGCGACAGCCGAAUGCAGUUCGAAAGCAAGUUGUACGAACACACCUGGUUCUUUUAGCUGUAUGUGCAUUGCAGGAUACCGAGGCGACGGGAAAAAUUGCCACGAUAAAGACGAGUGCAGUAGUGGUCAGCAUUGUGCCAGAAAUGCAGACUGCAGAAACACCGAUGGCUCUUAUACAUGCAGUUGCAAACCCGGCUUCUAUGGUAAUGGUUUUUUGUGUUUUGAUGUGGAUGAGUGCAAAGAGGGUACCCAUUGUUGUCAUGCAAAAGCUCAGUGCUCGAAUACCUGGGGAUCAUACAGUUGUUCCUGUAAGAAAGGAUAUCAUGGAAAUGGCAGGCAGUGUAAGGGUAAGCAAGCUCUGCUUCUAAGCUUGUUUUUACUUUGAAUUUAUCAAAACCUUUAGUUAAAGGGCUGUUACCUUGCAUUAAUAGCUUAACCUUCAGGCGGAGUAUACUGAAUUUGUGAACCAUCAUUUUAUUAUUUAAGGGGUGGCAUGACCACAACUUCAGCUCUCCCAACAGCGCUAACACUGUUACAUCUUUGAAUGCACCCAUGAAAACCUUCAUUUGUAAGAAAUGCUGAUUGAAUCUGUUUUGACAUUGUUUUCGUUUGUUUUGCAGCUUCUUCUGCUGGACUGCCCCAGCCACUCAUCGGAAUUUUUCUAUUUGGCACUUUAAUCGCUUUUGUGUUAUAAUUACUUUGUAAGUACGUAAAGAAGAAAUAAUAAUAAUAAUAAUAAUAAUAAUAAUAAUUAAUUUCUAUAGCGCAUUUUCCUAACGCCCAAAUGCGCUUUACAGUUUCAAAUUAUCAUAACCUAUAAUUAAAUAAAGAUUUAAAGUCUAAAAAUAUGCUUGUCGAAAAAGAUAGAUCUUAAGCUUAGCUUUAAAAAUAGCGGAGACAGAUGCGCUGCUUUUAAUCUCUAAUGGAACCGAGUUCCAGAGGUAAGGCGCGCAUACUGAGAAAGCCCUCAGGCCAGUCAAUUUGAGCUUGUGUGUUGGUUGCUCCUGUAGAAGUUGGUCAGCAGACCUGAGAGCUCGCCUAGGAACAUAAGGAUUGAUGAGCUUAGUCAAGUGCGUUGGAGCCGCACAAUGGAGUGCCUUGAAGGUGUACAGUAAAAUCUUAAAAAUAAUGCGCUGACGGACGGGGAGCCAGUGAAGCUCAAUAAGUUGUGGUGUGACAUGAUCAAGCUUAUGCUUGCAAGUGAUCACUUUUGCCGCCGCGUUUAUAACAUAUUGUUGAUGCAUGGAAACUACCUUUAUAGUUUCCUUUAACACCACCCCAUAAAGAGUUUGUAGUGCAUUGCAGUGUUGCAAUGCUGUUUUAUAAUCAAGUUUAGAAAUAAAAAUGUCAGUACACUAACUGAAGCAUAUUGAGUCUAUCACUGAUCAAGUUUUCUUAAUACACCACGAACUUUACUCCAAAGUUUCUAUCGCCUCACUUUUCAGGUUAAAUUAGAAUUAUUGUGUUUAAAUAUACUUGAGCGAAGUAUUAGAAUAUGACAUUGGAAACAUUGUUUUAUUCAAACGCUUACUUAGUGGGUCCAGUCUCAUUAAUAUAAAUACGUGAUGCCUUUUAUAAUUCUCAACAUCGCGUCCAGCGAUGCAUCCUAAGAACGGUUUCAAAUCAAUCUUACUGCUGUGAGAUGAAUAGCCUUAAACCAAUUCACCUAGGAGUGGCUUGCGUCAUGGACGGGCGAAGGAAGAGUCUUUAUUCAUUGAAAGUGGCCCUCUGCAUCGAAAGUUGCAACUACGUAAAGCAAUGUUUACUUCUAGCUCGUGAGUGGGGUACUGGUCUUUCGCAGGCUACGCCCAGAAUUACAUCACGUUUUUCUCCACGGCACCAAAUUGGACUCCUCGGCGGUAAGAGACAUUAGGAGAGUAAGGCUUCUUGCUGAAAUCUAACUUUAUGAUAUUCAUUUAUCAUCUUCUCAAGCAGCAAAAUAAAAAGGUCACGUUAAAGAGUAGAGCGCAGGCCGAAACUUAAUAUUCCAGGCGUAAUGAUGACAGUUUAUCAGAUUUUUUAUGCAAGAAACAAUAAAUUGUAAAUUAUAUUUGACUUAUUCGGUAUUUCACUAAAACUCCUUUAUAACAUUUUGAUUGCAACCCUGUAAGAGUGAGCUCUGCAAAGUGCAAUAUAAUGUCAUGAAUAUGUCAUAUUAUCUCUUACGUCACUUGCAUGCAUCUGUCCUGCAGUGACCAAUGAGGGUUAAGCUCGUUCCGAGAGGGGGUUCCCCUACUCAAAUUCCGAGAAAUCGUACUUGCGUCGGUGAAAAGACUAAGUCAGUUAUGACUCUGCAUUGCACUUGAAAGCCACAGGUAUCGAAUUCAUCUCGAUACUUUUUCUAUAAUUAUCGUUCACCGCCAAAUCUACAACUUGGGAAAAUAACUAUGUCAUGUCAAGAAGAAAAACCCGGGUCGAAACUUAACGUUUCAAGUCUGAAAGGAUUUCGGAGGAAAAAAGCCAUAUGUUGGAUUGUUGGUGUUACGUGCCUAUUAACUGUGGUCAUACUUGCACUGAUAUUUGGAAGCUUCAAAAUUGAAGGUGAGUUUAGUUAAUCCUAAAGGAGUGAGAAGCAUUUCUAAUCCAUAUUUAGUAUCCGAAAUAAUUCGCGGGUAUGCGAUUCGCUGAUGUGGAUGAUCGGGUUAUAUAUGUAUAUAUGUAUAUACUUUGUGAUUCAUCUUAAAUUUUUGUCGUAUCGGCAUAAACCUUAUAUUCGAUGCUUAUUUGGGAAACAGUUUAUGUAGAUCCUUCUUUAAUUUCUUAGAGCAGCGUCAAAUGAUAGAUUUCAGUACUUCUUCUUUACUUACGUUUGGACCGUGAAAAGCGACGGAAAUGCUUUGCUAAGCACAUUUGGAUGACCCAAAUGUUAAAAUUAGACUACAGUGAUUUUAACCUAAUACCAUCACUUUUAAGAAAAAAUUGCCUUACUUAAAAGCCUGUAGUAAGGUACCUGACCAGAAAAAAUGGUACAGACAUUGAGGUAGACAGAGCCAUCCGUAAGAACAGAUUUCCGUGGAUCGUGGACCGUGCGGGAAUCACUCUGUAGAUCGUUUUGGCCGUCAGGCUAGUUCUCACGAGCAAGUAUAAACUUAAGAAACUACUACGUAUCUCUAAGCGCAGAGUAGCCACAGAAACAUGUAAUAAAUCCCUCACAAUUGUCUGCCAUGAGUUAUAUUAACCUUUGAUAAUUAGGUUUAAUUCACUUGCUGAUAUGUGCUUUAGUCUUGAUUAUGCUAUACUUCUUGUCAUAUCCUUCGAUCAGCAUAAUGCUCAAACAUUGAAAAACCGUAAUAUUUUCCAUUUUCGCGUGGAUUUUUUUUUAUUAAUAGUUAUGGUAUAAUACUUGUAACAGAAAACAACAGUUAUGAAAUGGAAAUUGUCUGUCAAAAUUAUAACUUUGCAUUCAUUUCCCUUGACCAAUGACGUAGUUAUUCGAUGCUUCUUUGCUAAAAUUAGCAUUAGGGGGUUCCCCUAGCAGAUUUCUGAGAAACCGUAUGAGCUAAAAUAUGCUGAGGUUGUAAUUCACAUUUGGAUAACGACACUCGUACGUUCGACUCCCUUUUGAAUAUUUCCUUGGAGAUAAUAAUACAACAUAUUAGAAAACUAUUGAGGGCAAUAGUAGACGCAUCAAGGGAAAGAAUCGAAGUAUUAGGUCUUCUUCUUAAGAGCCAUGAACGGAUCCACUAAGUCGAAAUGGAAGACAGGACUUUUGAUUCUGUUCGUCGUGACUGCUUGUUUUGUUGUGGCAUUUGAACUGAUAUCAUUGCUUAAGAGAUCUAUCAAAGAUAAAGGUGAGUAUUGAAACUAUCUUUUUAUUGCUGGGUAAAAGGACUGAAUACAGAAAUCACAAGAAAAUUUUUGCGAGUACAAAUCUCUGAAAAUAUAACUGUUGGCGUGAGAGUUGCUCAACAUUCUUACAGAAGUUUACUAGCUCAUUCACCAAUACUUUGUUUCAGCAAUGACUUUUUCUUCGAUGUUUGCCUAAGUCUAAACUUAUUUGUUAAAGAUACUAACAGAACAGCGAUAGAUAUCAGCAGUUUAAGCUUAUUUUCGACUGUAACUUGAGAACAAAAAAAUGCUUCGAUAGGCAUUUUGCACGAACUGAUGUAAAGCUUUUGUCUCUCGAUUUAAUCCGCUGAAUAAUUAACGUAGGGUCUCCUGGAAAUUCGUUGUAAUACUAAUAAAAGUUCAUCAGCCGAAUUUUGAAGAAUUUUGAAGUUCGGUAUAAAAAUUUUGAUCCGUCUCGUCUCUCCUUAACAGAUACACCAACACUAGCGACAAGUUUUAACUGCCGUCAGAAGACAUUUUGUGAUGGAAACGCUACAUGCCAAACAAAUCCAAAAGAUAAGACUCAUUUCAACUGUGUUUGUAAUAAUGGCUUCGAAGGAGAUGGAUUCUCUUGUAAGGACGUUGAUGAAUGUAAAAGCAAUUCUUCCACAUGCAGUCAGCAUGCAUUUUGUAUAAAUUCCAUUGGCUCGUACGAUUGCCGCUGUUUGACAGGAUUCCACGGCAAAGGUUACCGCUGCGAGGAUAUCGAUGAGUGUCAGAGCGAAAUGCACAACUGUAGCGACCAUGCAGUGUGUGACAACACUGUAGGUUCCUAUAAAUGCAGUUGUUUCGAUGGAUUUGCAGGCAACGGACAGUCUUGUUACGACAUUAAUGAAUGCAAAACUAAUGCUCACAAUUGUAGUGAUCAUGCAUUUUGCAAUAACACCAUCGGCUCCUACUCGUGCACUUGUCGACAGGGAUUCAUAGGGGAUGGACUGUCAUGUCAUGACAUUGAUGAAUGUGGUGAUGGAACUCACAAGUGUGAUAGGAAUGCAGAAUGCAAAAACACUAUGGGCUCUUAUGAAUGCGUGUGUCAUUCUGGGUUUUCCGGCAAUGGUUAUGUGUGUCAAGAUGUUGAUGAGUGCAGCGAUGGAAGUCAUCUUUGUAGCCCUCACUCCAGGUGUGUAAACAUCCCAGGAUCGCACAGCUGCAUAUGUAACAACGGGUAUCGUGGAAAUGGACAGUCAUGCAAUGGUAAGCAUAAAAUUAGCAAUUGAAGCGCUUUAAAUAUGUAGCCUAUGGCCUUCACUAUUAUGAAUCUUUUCUAUACACUCCUGGUGGUCAUGUGGUGGGAGCUUGAUAUUUCUAUGGUUGCUGUUCGUUUACUAUUCUAUCUCUGGAUGAGAGGGAUAAUUAACUCAUUUAAUUCCUUCGCAGAUAUCAACGAGUGCAAGGAAAGGACAGCUCAAUGCAGUUUGAAAGCAAGUUGUGUGAAUACCCCUGGUUCUUUCAGCUGUAAGUGCAUUGCGGGAUACCAAGAUGAUGGGAAAAAAUGCCAUGAUGAAGAUGAGUGCAGUAGUGGUCAACAUUGUGCAAGAAAUGCAGAUUGCAAAAACACUGAUGGCUCUUACACAUGCAGUUGCAAUUCUGGCUUCCAUGGUGAUGGUUUUUGGUGUCAUGAUGUGGAUGAGUGCAGAGGGGGUAACCAUGGUUGUCACACAAAAGCUCAAUGCAAGAAUACCCGGGGAUCAUACAGUUGUUCCUGUAUUAAAGGAUAUCAUGGAAAUGGCAGGCAGUGUAAGGGUAAGCAGGCUGUGCUUCUAAGGUUUUUUUUGCUUUGA